GUAUUAUCCGGAUUGGUAGAAGUUAAAUAAUGUUCCCUCCCAAACGAAGGCAAGGCAACACCAACCAAAAAGAGAAAAAAUGAUAAUAGAUGGCAAAGAUUCCAAAACCAAGAGACAAUCAAAGUCUCGGCCAUCCUCUCCACGUCGUUCACGCUCAUCAAAGCUUACGCCGGCCUCAGCCUCUUUGGUCGACGGUGAACUGUCCGUGACUGAGCAAGAACAGAGCUCCGCAGUUACCAGUCUCUUUGAAGGUCUCCAAAUUUCACAAGAUUCAAACUCUAAUCCCCGGAGCUUUCCUUACAGCGUCAAGCAACAAUGCUGGGAAAAGGCCGAGAAGGUCAAGGGACGAGACCCAGAUCGCUGGCGCCGCGACGCUGUUGGUAACAUUGUUUUCAGGAAGCUCGUCGGUUGUCCCGGAUGCUUGUGCCAUGACUACGACCAUAUCAUCCCUUACUCCAAGGGAGGAAAAAGCACUUUAGAAAACUGUCAGGUUUUACAGGCAACUGUUAAUCGAUCAAAGGGAAAUCGGACUGAGUUGUCUAGAGCUGAUCUUAUUCAGAAAAGUUCUUAUUGUCGGGUUUCAGGUCGGGACAUGGAUCUAAUUGAACUUUCAGCAUAUGGCAAUGUUCAUCAUGCGGAGGAUUCAGGUGGGUGCAGAAUUCAAUAAUAUUAAUAUCUGCCAUAGGAACUUGUCAUAUUGUUUAUUCAAGGAUAAUAUUUAUAUAGUUGUAGUAUUGGAAUGAUGAUUAAGGUAAAGAAAAUUUUCAUAGUAUUAUGUAAUAAUAUAACUCUAAUCAGAGUAUUUUGAAGGGUAAGCUUCACCCAUAAUACCAAA